GGUGCCCUGCCUGGGGCCGCGCCGCCCCUGCCGCCGGCUCCGCGUGGGUGGCGGCCGCGCAGAGCGGUGGGUCCGCGCCCGCAGAGCGGCGGCGCCGGGCCGGGCCGAGCCGGGCUGUGCCGGGCUGUGCCGGGGCCGGGCGGGGCCGGGCCGGGCUCGGCGGGGCGGGAGCGGCGGCGCUGCGCUGCGCGGGGCGGCGCGGAGCAGCGCGGAGCGGAGCAUGUCGGCGCUGCGGCGGAAGCUGGGGGACGAGUACCAGGUGGUGAGCACCUCGGCCAGCGGCGGGGGGCUGCCACCCCCCCGGGCCGCCCCGCGGGGGAAGCGGCAGCGCUUCGUGGACAAGAACGGGCGGUGCAACGUGCAGCACGGGAACCUGGGCGGCGAGACCAGCCGGUACCUCUCGGACCUCUUCACCACGCUGGUGGACCUCAAGUGGCGCUGGAACCUCUUCAUCUUCAUCCUCACCUACACCGUGGCCUGGCUGUUCAUGGCCUCCAUGUGGUGGGUGAUCGCCUACAUGCGGGGCGACCUGAACAAGGCGCACGACGACAGCUACACUCCCUGCGUGGCCAACGUCUACAACUUCCCCUCUGCCUUCCUCUUCUUCAUAGAGACUGAGGCCACCAUCGGCUAUGGGUACCGCUACAUCACGGACAAAUGCCCCGAGGGCAUCAUCCUCUUCCUCUUCCAGUCCAUCCUGGGCUCCAUCGUGGACGCCUUCCUCAUUGGCUGCAUGUUCAUCAAGAUGUCUCAGCCCAAGAAGAGGGCCGAGACCCUGAUGUUCAGCGAGCACGCCGCCAUCUCCAUGCGGGACGGCAAGCUCACCCUCAUGUUCAGGGUGGGCAACCUCCGCAACAGCCACAUGGUCUCCGCGCAGAUCCGCUGCAAGCUGCUCAAAUCCCGCCAGACCCCGGAGGGCGAAUUCCUCCCGCUCGAUCAGCUGGAGCUGGACGUGGGCUUCAGCACGGGGGCCGACCAGCUCUUCCUCGUGUCCCCGCUCACCAUCUGCCACGUGAUAGAUGCCAAGAGCCCCUUCUACGACCUCUCCCAGCGCAGCAUGCAAACGGAGCAGUUUGAGAUUGUCGUCAUCCUGGAGGGCAUCGUGGAAACGACAGGGAUGACGUGCCAAGCCAGGACAUCCUAUACCGAGGACGAGGUGCUCUGGGGUCAUCGUUUCUUCCCUGUUAUCUCCUUGGAAGAGGGGUUCUUUAAAGUCGAUUACUCCCAGUUCCACGCGACGUUCGAGGUCCCCACCCCACCGUACAGCGUGAAGGAGCAGGAGGAGAUGCUGCUCAUGUCCUCGCCCUUGAUAGCGCCCGCUGUCAGCAACAGCAAGGAAAGGAAUAACUCGGUGGAGUGCCUGGAUGGUCUCGACGAAGUUGGCACUAAACUACCGUCAAAACUGCAGAAAAUAACUGGGAGGGAAGACUUCCCCAAAAAACUCCUCAGGAUGAGUUCCACCACCUCUGAGAAGGCCUACAGCAUGGGGGAUUUGCCCAUGAAACUCCAGCGGAUCAGCUCAGUCCCCGGGAAUUCGGAGGAGAAACUGGUGUCUAAAACCACAAAGAUGAUGUCGGAUCCCAUCAGCCAGUCGGUGGCCGACCUGCCGCCCAAGCUGCAGAAGCUGUCGGGCGGCGGCAGGAUGGAGGGGAACCUUCCACCCAAACUGCGAAAAAUGAAUUCGGAUCGGUUCACAUAACCCGACGGGACUUCUAGCUAUCGCUUAGAGCUCGGACUGCUACUGGCCAGGGCAGCGUGGGCAGGAGAGCCGGCCCCCCACCAGCCGUCUGUCUGCUGAACUCUGUGGUCCCCGGCGCGCCGGGAGGCAGGAGCAUCCCCUCGGUAGCGGUGGCUGCGCUGUAAGUACGAACGACGGGACGAUCGGCGAGCUGAUGUUCGUUGGCAUGUAGUAUCACAACACGCAUGCAAUAAUAGUGUGCAAUUUUUGCAUAUAGUUUUAUGGCAUGACUCCUACUAUAUUCAUACUGUAUAUUCUGAAAAAUACGGAAAGGGGCGUUCCUUUCCCCUGUAUUUCUUUAAGUAGUAGGUAAAACAUGCGAGUGGGUUACUUUCAGGGUAAGUUAUAAUUUGAUUUGGAAAUGUUUAUUUAUUUCUUUUUUCUGAUGUGGAUCGUGACGUUUUGUUCGACAAAGUAGUUAUGGUGCAUGUCUUUUUUUCUUAAAAGGAGGUGUAUUAGUUAAUUCCUAACACCAAAUGUGCUCGCCUUAAAUUAACUGCUGGUUUCUAUUUUGCUUUAACAUUUUCUUGGGGUUUCUUUUCCUGUGUCUAGGCUACCGGAAAAACGAAAUGAAAAUGUAUUUCAUAAGGCAUUGUUUAGAGAAGAAACUUGUAUUAAUAAGCCUAGGCAAAACGAUAAAUAAAUGAAUAAAAUUCACACUUUAGAUACGAUUAGUAAAAAUUUUUUAAAAUCUUCGUGAUUUAUAAUGUAUGUGCAAGAAAACCAUUUUAAAUAAGCAGGACGUGCUUGAUCUCUCACGUUGAUAGAAUAGCUAAACAUGAGCAUAGCCGAAUGUCUCCGUGAAGCCAAGCAGGCAUUUAUUCCGGACGAACUGCACCCCAAAGGCAGUCGCAAUUCCCCGUAAUUCCGCAGUGCCCGGAUUUCGCUCCCUCUUGCUUUGACGGCCCAGCUGGGCCAGCGGCGAUGCGGGUGGAGGUUGCCGGAGCCGCGGUCUCGCAGCCGGAGCUGUCCCGAGCGCGGGCAGGCAGCCGGGUCCCCGGGCGCUGGCUGCGCUGCCGGCGGCGUCGCUCCUUACUGCUUUCUCUAUGGUGAAAAUAAUGUUUAAACACGUUCGCAACUGAAGUUGACCCUGUGGGUUUUAAAAAUGAGUAAUACUUUGUAUAAAUGUCUGGUUUGAUAUCCUACUGUGCUUGUGUUUGGGUUUCCUUCUCCAUCUCGUUUUGAGCCGGGAGGGCUGGGUGUAAGUGAGGGUGUCCCCAUCAUCGUGGCACCCCGCGCCGCCCCGGACCCUCCCCAAAGUGCUGGAGGUCGGCAGCACCCGGGGACAGCCGUGGGCUGGGGGCUGCGUUUGGGGGCCAGGCGAUGGCUUCCCGGGGGCUCCUCCUUGGAGGAGGAGGUCUGGGCGAGAUGGAGCGAUGGGCGGCACCGUCACAGAGCCGGGUACAAAAGCCACCACCAACAGCGGCCGGGAAAAGGGCUGUGCGUGACAUCGUCUGUAUGUAAAACCCCUCGAGGCCGCAGCCGGGUGGUCCCAGGCACGGACACGCGUGGGUCAGGAGGUGCACACACAGCUGCGGGCACGGACGGGCACGUCUGACUCGCGGGCUCUGGACCGUCCUGCACGAAUGCUGAUGCUUGCUACAUAACUAGUAACGACAGAUCCGACUGAGGAAAAAAAUGGGGUUUGUUAUAAAUGUUGGCAUGGAGUAAGAGCUCGGAAUCUCAGCACUGCUGGAGGGUUGGCUCAGACAGCGCUGUGGCUCAGUGCUUUCCCUGGAGGUUGCAGUGUAUGACCCAUCGGUCGUACACCCAAGGACUUUAUACUAACUUCCAAAAUUUCUUUUCAUCAUUUAUCAUGAUUUUUGAGUGGCAUUCCCUGCUUUUUUACACCUUUGGCUAUACUUCAAUUCUCUGCGUGUUAUUGUGGAAGGGAAGGGCGUGCGUUGCUGCCUGUGUGCUGAUCCUGCGCUCUGCACGUGCGGUGAGCAGAGUGCCGGUGUGGCAAGGUAAAAUCUGGACUUCUUUUCCCCUGUUUGCUAACACUUCCUCAGGUUGUCUUGUAAAAGACUGCUGCUUUUUGUACCACACUCUUCUACCAGUCCUUGACUGACAGCAAAAAUAGCCAUGUACAGUUGCCGGGUGUCAACAGUAAAAACACCACCAAGUCCGAACCAGGAGCAUGAAUCGGCACAGCCGAGUGAUGUGUCUGCAGCAGGCUUGAGCAGAUCGGUCUGGUUUUGAAAGAAGGGUCUCCAGCAGCUUGGCCUCUCCUCAAAAACUCCUUUGGUUUAUUUGGGGUGGAUGGGGGAGCACUGCCUCCUUCCCAGGAUGCUGCCAGAGCCUGACCCAACCAACCUGCUGCCCUUCUGUGACUGCAGUUGGACUAGGUGGUCAUUGUAGGUCACUUCCAUCUGAGAGUGUCCUGUCCUGUCCUGUCCUAUCCUGUCCUAUCCUAUCCUGUUCUAUCCUAUCCUAUCCUAUCCUAUCCUGUCCUAUCCUGUCCUAUCCUAUCCUAUCCUAUCCUGUUCUAUCCUAUCC